AAUUAUAAAAUCAAUUUCGUAAAUUAUUUAGCUGAUGCAAACAAAAGUUCACUUUAAUAUUCUACUAUUAUAACAUUAUACGAAUUGUGAGAGCUUAGUAAAUGGAAAAUUGAUUCAGUCAAGGGCGCCUUAUUCAUAAAUAACCUAUAUAUAUUUAUUAUGUAAAAUCGUAUACAGAAUCUAUACACGGAACUAAAUUUUGAAAUAGAAAUUGAAGAAAUAAACAACAAAUUUAAUUCUUUUUAUAUAAAAUUAUAUAUAUAUAUACAUACGAGUGCAUAAGUACAUAUGUACAGAUAAAAAUUAAAAAAAAAAAUCCUCUCUAAUACGAUUUAAAUUUAAAAGACUACAAUUUAAAAAAAAAAAGUAAGAAAAUAAUAUUCUUAAAAAGUCAAAUAUCUAGGUGAACUGUUCGGUAAUAAUGAAAGAAAAAAUAUUUUAAUAUAGAAAACGAUAUACGUAAUACGGAGACGACGAUAUAGUGUUGUGUUUACAAAUGAAUUGAAGAAGAAAAACGGUAUAAACGAAUUAAAAACGAACGAAAAAGAAAUUUAAAAUGUUACACUACUUUAGCAGGCUAAAGUAACAGCACAAAUAUAGGGAGAGAGAGAAAGAGCAACAGGGACAGACGUAAUAAAGAAGAGAAAAAUAGAAAGGAGGAGAAAGGGAAUGAACAUACUUUAGAAAGAAAACUUAUAAAAGUAAGAAAUAAAAAUAAUAAGAAAUAGGAAAUAAUCAGUAAGAAAGUGACAUAAAUUACAAAAAAAAAAACAAAUAAAAAAGGACAAACUAAAAGAGAAUGCAAAUAUAAUUGCAAAUGUCAUAAAUAAAUAAAAAAAAUAUACCGUUAUUAAUAUGAAAAAUGUCAUGUUAGUUUCAUUUUUAUUUUGAAGUAAAUUUUUAAAACGGCAACGAACAAAUUCAUAAAAAUUAAACAAAAAAAUAAAAAACAAUUUCAAGUCAUUCAUUUACUUACCUAUACUUUUGUGAUUUUCAACAUUCUAAUUUUUUCAACAAUACAUAAAUCAUGUUUAAUUUAAUAAAUUCACAAGUUUAUGAAUUACAACAACAACAAGAAUCAAUAUUACUUUUAGAUAAACAACAACAGCAACAAAAUCAACAAUAUCAAUUACAAAAUUAUCAAAAUUCUAAAAUUAAAAAUUUAACAGAACAUUAUAGUAAUUGUAAUAAUGAAAUAAAUAAUUGUAAUUAUGAUAAUAAUAUUAAUAAUAAUGGUGCAUUAAAUAAUAACAAUAAUAAUAAUAAUAAUAGUAAAAGUCUGAGUAAUUUAACAAAUUUAAUUAAUACAAAUAAUAAUUCAAAUAAUAGAAAAAAGAAAUCAAAUUAUAGUAGUUAUUAUCGUCAAGAGAAAUUAAAAGCAACUGCAAAUUUUAUUGAAAAAUUUCUAAAAAAUGAAGUUACAGCAUCGUCAACAUCAACGAUGCAACAACGGAAACAAUCAGAUCAAGAGACAUCUAUAAAUGAAAUAGAUAAACAAAAUAAUUGUUAUAAUAAUCCAAAUAUAAAUUUUACAUAUACAUAUCAUCAACAAACAUCAUUAUUAAAUGAUAAUCAUUCAAAUAAUGAUAAUUUAAAUAAUAAAUAUAAAUUAGAAUAUUUAAAUAAAGAAAAAUUAAAUAAUAAUAAACGAUUUAAUAAUAAUAAUUUUAAUAAUAAUAAUGGUGAUUUAAUUAAUGGUAAUAAUUAUAAUAAUAAUAUUUAUAAUAAUAAUAAUGAUGAUAGCUAUAAUUGUAUAAUUGAAGAUGAUAAUAGAUCUGAUAUCACAGAAUUGGGACCAAAUAGUUUACAAAUUGAUCAUCUUAAUAAUUUAUUGGAUAAAAAUUCUAGUGAUACGAUGCCAUCUCUAUCACCAUCUCAAUCAUCAACAGAUCAAUCAUCCUCAACAACUACAACGACAGCUACAUCAAUUGGUACCAAUAACUUAUCAUCGUCAUCAUCAUUAUCUCAUAAUGAGCGCAGAAAUACAAAUGAAACAACAAAAAAUUACAAUGAUAAAACAAUAACCACCACAUCAAAAAGUUCAGUAUUACAUCGGAAAAAGUUAUUACAUGUAGUAACAUUUUUAGAUCAACAAAAUCAACGCCUAGAAAAGGAGUUACAAAAUGAGAAGACACGACGUAAUGAGGAAUUGUCACGUAUUGUUAAAUCACUUCUUUAUUUCGAGGCAAAGUUGAAAUCCGAAAAGAAAGUGAUCAAUCAGAAAUUGUAUGAAAAAGAUGAUGAGAUCGCAAAAUUAGUAAAAUUAAAUAAAUUACUACGGGAAAAAUUAACAGAGAAAAAUCCUGAAUGCAAUCCUGAGAAUCUCUUGGAGACAGAAUUUAAUGAUAUGGAAUGUAAAUAUCCAGAAGCAUUUUUUUGUACAAACUGCCGGAAAGAAUUUUAUGGAUUAAAUGAAAAAUGUGAUAAUUGGACCCAAACCAGUGGAAAAAUAACAGAUUGUAGAGGUUCCUUUAAAGGUGAAAAUAAUAACAACAAUAAUAAUAAUAACCAAAAUAAUAUUAGUACAGAGCAUUGUUCGUCCAGUGAUGAAACAUUAUCAUCAUCAUUUUAUGGAGCACGUCGAAGUGUACGCUAUACAAGUAAACGUACAUUUGGUACAUUUCGAGAAUAUAUGCGUUCCAGAUGUAUGAAUAUUGAUGAUCCCUCAAUUGAAAAUAAUCAAAAUUUAUCAGAAGAUGAAAAUCGUAGUACAUUAUUAAAUUAUGAACGAUGUUUUAUUAAUCAGGGCGGUAGUAAUAAUAAAUACAAAAAAGACAAAACAUUUUCAUCUGCUAUGGAACGGCUACAUGGUGUUCGUAGAGUAUCAUCAUUUGAAUUUGAUAGUAGUGAGGCUGAAAAUCGUGGUCGUAGAAAGAAGUUUUCAUCUUCUGGGCCUGAAACAGAUCAUGAACAUACAAAUUCUCCAAAUGAUGAAGGUAUUGAAGACGAUGAUAUUGAUGAAGACAUAGAAGAUGAUGAAUUUGAUGAUGCACGUGACAUAUCAUAUGAAGGUGCAAAUGUUGGUGUUGUAACGACAGCAUCAAAUGUAAAAGAAUUUUCUGAAAUAUCAGUUAAACAUGAUUUUGAAACAUCUACAGAUGAUUGGUAUGCAAGUGCCAGUGACGGUGAUGAUGAUCAAAAUAGUAGUGUCUGUCGUACUAAAUCUUAUGGUUAUAAUGCUGUUAAUCCGGUGCUUGAAUGUGUUAAUCAAAUAUUAUUACAACAAUCGAUGGAAGAAUGUAUUAAUGAUAGAAUUGUUGAUAAUAAAGAAAAUCAUUAUGAUAACAGUUGUAAUGGUCCAAUGUCAAUAGAAGGAAUAGAUAGUAAUAAUGGCGGCUUUAGUGUUUGUAGUGGUGGCAGCAACAAAGGUAUUAACAACGUCAACAGUGUUCUAAGUAAUACAAGUGGUGGCAGUAAUGUUUCCCGAAAACGUGUUCAUUUUUCUACUAAAAAUAGUAUGGUUCAUGUACCUAGGGAUGAUGACGAAAUUAUUGAAGAAAAAUCUUGUUCUUUUUCUGAUGUGUUAAAUUCUUCAGUAACAAGUGAACAUCAUUCAAAUAACUUAAAUUAUGAAAGCAUUUAUAGUAAUGAAUAUGAACCAAUUGGAAGCGAACAUAAUUCUUCAAAUUUAUAUGUCGAUAUGGAAUCUAAACUUGACCAAGAUGAAAAACACAACAAUAUGAAAACAAGAAGUUCACAGCAACAAAAUCAUAAUAAUAAUAAUAAUCAACAAUCACAAACUAAACAACCACCUGCUUUACCUCCGAAACCUGCUAAUUUAAUUAAAUUCAAACGUGGAAUAAAAAUGUCACCGAUACCGCCAACAUAUCGGCAUUCAAUUGAGGUAAUGUCGCCAUUACAACCAAUUGACGAUAAUUCAAAUGGAGGUACAAAAUUAACUAAAGAAUUACUAGAUAAAGUUGAUUGUGACAAAGACUACACAAAAUAUGGUUCAGUUGAACCUGAUUAUUGUUCUAUAUCAGAAGUAAAUGUUGCUAUAAAAACCAUGCAAAUUGUUGCUGAUGUUCAUAAAUCAAAUGAUGCAAAUUCUUUUGCUUCUUCGGCUACUACGUCAGUUUCCGGAGAUAGUAAUAGUGAUACAAUGUCACAGAAAACAUCUGAUGAUGCUGAGGAAAUAUUUGCUGAUAUACCAAAAUUACCAAAUGUUGCAGCAAUUAUUGCACCGUCCAAAAAUAAAUCAAGUAAUAAAUCACCUAAGAAAUGCAAAUAUACAAAUUGUAAACGUACUGAUACUUGUAAUCACUUAAAUCAAACACAACAAUUGCCAGGAUCGCUUCAGUUGCAACAAAAACAACAGAUAAAUUCACCACAACAACAACCGCAACAACAACCAGAUCAAAAGCAAUUACAACAACAGCAACAACAAUUAAGACCACAAUCACUUCAACUUUAUCGUCCGAAAAGUCCUGGUCAGGUUCAGCGUAAACAUGUUCCUAACAUUUUAGCAGAAAUAAAUAAAAAAAUUCAACAAGCUAAUAAUACAACGAUUGCUUUAAAUAGUCCAGGAAGUCCAAAUAAUAAUAAUAAAAUGACUUCAAAUUUUUUUAAUUCCAUUAAUACAACAAAACGGAAACCAGUACAAUCAAAUCAACUAUUGCCAAUAUUAAAAGGUUCUUCACAAUUAACCACAAGUAAUUGUGGUAUCAAUAACAGUAUCACAAAUGGUAUUAUUAAUACAAAAAAUUUCAAUAAUGCUUUGUUAGGCAACCAACAGCAGCAACUACAACCAAUUGUUAAUCCCUUACCAACAACAGUAAAGCCUGCAUCUAGUAGACCUUUGAAAUCAAUUGAUUCAACAAAAUUAAAUCAGCAACAGAAUAAAGUUUCAACAUUAUCAUCAUCAACACAAUUAUCUCCAUCAAUAAAAAAUCAAUACCAACAACAAAAACAAAAUAAUCAAUUUUCAUUAAAUCAAAAACAAUCAUCAUCACAAAAUAAUAAUAAAUUGAAUUUACAACAACCCCAACAGCAGCAACAAACAAAAAUUGAAGAUUCAACAUUAGAAGCAGAAUUCGAUUGGUAUAAUUUAGAUGCUGAAUAUGGUAAAUCAUCAAAUCGUCCGGAUAUUAUUAAAGCUGCUGAUGUAUUAAAUGGUUGUCUUAAUGAAUAUAUUAUUGGAAAUGUUAAUAGUCUUGGUAUUGGUAAUAACGGAAAUUUAAGAGAUCAUCAUCGUUUAGCAAAUGAUAUUAAUCAAAGUAUUGAAUAUAAUUUAGAUGAAGAAUUUUCAUUAUCAAAUCAACCAGAUAUAAUUAAAGAAAAUAUACGUACAAUUGAUGAUAGAAAAACAUUAGAAACAAUACCAGGAUCAGAUCCAGAAAGUAAUAAUUCAUCACCUAAAAAAUCAUCUACUACUACUACUACUACAACAAAUAUUACUGGUCAUGAAGAAUCAAUUUAUAAUGUAAUAGAGGAAUUAAAUAAUGAUGAUGAUAAUGAUUCUGUUUUAAAAAAUCAAAUUAAGAAUCAUGAGGCAACAAAUGUUAUAGAUGAAAAUAAAUUAAAAGAUGUAAAUUUAAGUGAUAGUAUGAAAAAACAAGAAACUACAUUAACUGUAAUUAAUAAAUUUCCAACGAUAUGUGAUCAAACACCAUGCCGUCAAAGUGUUGUUAAUUUAAAAACAACAAAAAAUUUUGUAGAUUUUAUUGAUAAUGCUGGUUUAAGUACCAAACCAUUACCACAGCAAAGAAAAAUUUAUUUUACGGGACCAUUUGUUUAAAUUCGAUUUAAAUUAAGUUAUGACAAAAUUUUUUGGUUCUAAGAUAUUCUGAAAUGUUAUAAAUUAUAAUUAUUUUAGCUUCUAUUUGAUUUAUUUAAAUGUAAAAGAUGUCCCAAGCAUUAAAAUAUUUAUUUUAUGAUUGAAUUUAUUAAAUUUUAAAUGAUCAUUUGCCUUAGAAUCAUUUAAGAAGAAAGAGGGCAUUUAAUGUUCAGGAAUUUUCAAAUUCAAUUACCGUGCUGUUAAGGAAUGGCUACAUAAAAUUGAAUCAUCUGACUUCUUGUAAUUUAUACAAAUUUGUAUUUAAGCUUGUUUUUUUUUUAAAUGUUAAAUUACAUUAUUAUUAUAAUUAUUAAUAUUA